ACGUCUGUUGGUAAGAUUAAGAUCUACAUUCAUAUGAGUUCGGAGCUAGGAAUUUCUCCCAUGGUAUGGCAUACUCUUACCUCUUGUAGAGUUGUAUAAGUAGUUAGAAGAAGAAAAUCAAAAGCACCCAAAAUUGGCGGGUAAAGAAAAUGCUGCUAUUCAGAAGUCGUUACUUGUUCAUCCCUCAAUUAUCUUCCUCAAUUCUACCCAAAUCCCACCCUCCCAAAUCCUUCCAUCUUCAAUUUUCUCUCUCCUCUAAUCACCCCACCAAUCUCCACCUCCAUCCACAAGCAUUAUCAACCUCCGCAACUCCGCCACCGCCUUCCGACGCAACUGCCAAACUCACACGCACCGUGCUCUUCGUGCCACCGGGUGUCGAACCGAAUGAAGUAACAGAGGAAAUGAUCUUACCUGGGUCUAACAUUGUGGUUGGACCUUAUGCAGGUCAUUCCCAGAUUAAGGAAGUUGCAUUUGUCAAGAGUAGUACACGUCCUAAGGAUUGUCCUAAAGAUGGGUUACCUGAAUUUGCUGUUUUGGGUCGCUCAAAUGUUGGCAAAUCUUCUCUUAUUAAUUCUCUUGUUAGGAAGAAAGAAGUUGCUUUAACUUCUAAGAAACCAGGGAAGACUCAGCUUAUCAACCAUUUCCUGAUUAACAAGACUUGGUAUAUUGUUGAUUUGCCUGGAUAUGGGUUUGCAAAAGCCUCUGAAUCUGCUCGAACGGAUUGGUCUGUUUUCACUAAAGGCUACUUCUUGAACAGAACUUCGCUUGUUGCGGUACUACUCUUAGUUGAUGCUAGUGUUCCCCCACAGAAGAUAGAUCUUGAUUGUGCUAACUGGCUCGGACGCAACAAUAUACCUAUCACCUUUGUCUUUACCAAGUGUGAUAAGAUGAAAGGAGGAAAAGGCGCACGACCUGAAGAAAACAUCAGAAGUUUUCAGGGAUUAAUCAGAGAUAACUACAAGCAACAUCCCCCAUGGAUCAUGACUAGCAGUGUCACCAAUUUAGGCAGAGAUGAACUUCUUCUCCACAUGUCACAGCUACGAAACUAUUGGGAUGUUUAACUGCUACACAUCAGAACUGACAUUUUGUAAGAUUAAAUGGAGAAAUGCCAAAUGAAACUUUAUGUUGCUUGUAA